UAAGGAGAACUAUAGCGCCGGUUGGAGAGGAUAGAUGACUGUUAUGUUCUCUCGAUUUGGUGUAUCGAAGAAGCAUUCGUUUCAAGCGUGAUCAUUUCGUAAGGUUACAUUUCAUUCAUUUGCAUAUAAACGUCGUGGACUAUGGCGUAUUUCAUAUUGGACAUGGUGCCAUUCGUAAAAUUCGCUUGCAGAAAGCAGGAAUAGGUCAUCGGUGUUUCACAAGCGAAUCGGGAAUCGAUAGACGGGCUGGGCUUGUUUAGUGCUAGCAAAUAGGCAAGAGUCGAAGCAAUCAUUAUUUUGCUUCCAUUACCUACGUUGGUUAAUGAUACCCGAUCGGACAAAAAUGAAUCAUGUCUGCCGUUCUGACUUGAAUGAUUGGCAGGAUAAAAUAAUGAAUAAAUAUACGGACUGACACAAACAUGCGUGCUAUACUACAUCAGGCAUUUGUGAAUUUACCUCUGGAAACUGUUUGAACACGGAAGUCUAUGUGCAUCGUACCGGGUGGUGAUAGCUAGACUUCAUUUUCGUAAUUUUUUUUUUAGAUGAUCGAGGAAAAUCCUCAUUUUCUCCAGCUUUAAAUGACAUCUUGUGACACUUCACAAAUUACAGGUCCUGCGGGCGUCACUUAUACCGAAGAGAGACCACCCCCGGGUCUCGUCAUGAAAGUUAGCCCUUCAACCGAUGAUAACGCGGUCCAUCCGAAUGAUUCCCCCGUCGAUGUCCGUAACGAUCACCGACCUGAGAACGAUGUCCCGCAUGAUGGCGAAAGAAUCGACGGAGAGGAACCUGGUGGGAAUUUCCGCAACAUUGGAAAGAGGUAUUCUCAGUUCUUGGUCAAGUACCCGUCCGCGGUCAUGUUACUCGUUUUUCUGCUGGUCAUCAUCUCGGGAGUUCUUGGUGUCCUUCUCAAUGAAUUUCCUUCCUUCGAUGACCCAACAAAGGGAUUCGAAGCCCGAGGAACAGUCAUCAGUGGGCGAUUGAAAGCUUUGGGGAGAAUGGAGUAUGGUGCUGAUGGGAUAUACUCGUGCCCAUCAUCAUCUAACCAAUCAAAUGGUGACAUGUGUUCUCAUCGUGUAACCAUAGACAUCCAAAACCAAACUCUAGAUGUCGAUGUACUAGAAAGUUGCGCAAACAAUUUUCUAUAUCGGUUCCGAAUGGUCUACCGAUCUACUGACUCAAUGGAGAUGUUCACUUCUACUGGCAUGAAAGCUGUGUGUCAACAUGACAAAGAAAACUUUCGCAGUUACGUCGGUUUUGAUCAGAUCUGCUAUUAUCGUACAAAUGGCAGUUGUUGUCCUUCGAUAUCAUUAGGACAAGUGACAGCAUUGAUGGUUGGCAAAGAAUCUUGCGAUGACAUUGAUGACAGUGAUGUACUAGGAAUGAAAGAGCUGCUAGAGGAAUGCGUUGGAUACUAUUCAAGAGGAUGUUUUGGCGGUGAUGGUGGCUUUAUUUGCAGUGAUGUUCCUGUAAACUGUUCAGCUUACUCCGGGGUAUACACCAUAUUCCACUAUCUCACCCCGAAGAACUUUGCACUGCAAGUCGCAAAAGGUGCCUUUGAUCUUCAAACUGUCAUGGUGAUUCAACCUGUGCCAAAUUGGGAUCAAACUUUAUAUGACAUAUAUACCGAUAAACCUCGACUAACCGAUAAUACAGUACAAGUUGUUGCCAUUGGUGGAGGAUUUAAAUUCGAUUUAUUUGGUGAUUACCUUUUUUCAGACUUCAUCUAUAUCGGUAUCGGAUGCCUUGCUGUAGUGGCCAUCAUUUGGAUGUAUGUGGGUUCAUUGUUUGUCACAAUUAUGACUAUGUUUAGCAUUAUUAUGUCGAUGGUUGUAGCGUACUUUCUCUUUCAUACUGUCUUUCGAUUGGUUUUCUUUCCUUUUAUCAAUGUUAUAACAGCAGUGCUACUGAUCGGUGUAGGGGCCGAUGACUGCUUCGUUUAUGUCGACAUCUGGAAGUUGGCCAAAAAAGAACACGGUGGUGGUCGCGAGAAUCGAGUAUUAGUACUUCGUGAGACUCUGAAACACGCCGCGACCACCAUGUUUGUUACAAGUCUCACAACGGCAAGCGCCCUCUUUGCAGGAUGCGUCAGCAGCAUCACAGCAGUUCGAUGCUUUUCUGUCUUUGCUGGUAGUUCCAUUUUAGUAAAUUUCGUCCUCACAGUUACUUGGAUACCAGCGGCAGUCAUGUUUCAUGAGAAAUAUUUCAUAUGCGACGAAGAGGCGCAAGAAGGAUCAUGUAGAUGCUGUGGGUUAUGGUUUUUCCUGGGGAGAAUAUACGACCAAGUGAGCAGAGUUGGCGGUAUGUUCUUCGAAAAAUACUUGCCAAUUAUCAUUGUUAAGUUACGGUUCCUGUGGAUUCUACUUCUAAGUGGUCUUGGAAUAGGUGGGUUUUGUGUAGUUUUCGUGGAACCACGCCUCCGUCUCCCAUCCCAAUCUGAAUUUCAGGUAUUUAGGAAAAGUCAUAUUUUGGAGCAGUAUGACCAGGUCUACAAAGAGACGUUUAGCUUUGAGACUGAUUCGGACAACACAAUGCCGGCUUAUAUAGUUUGGGGAAUAGAACCUGUAGAUAAUGGGAACCAUUGGGAUCCAGAUUCCGAAGGAACUACAGUCAUUGACAAGAACUUUGAUGUCACAUCAGCCGAAGCUCAAACGUGGCUUUAUAAUUUCUGUACAGAUCUUAGAAAUGCAAGCUUUCAUGUCAAUAUAGCAAGUGCGCAGGACGAGUUUUGUUUCAUCGAUUUAUUCAAAAGUUUCAUGGAGAAUACGUGUACAGGAGCUAUUUCUCAGUGUUGUGGCCAAACAACAUUUCCAUAUCCGUCCUCUCUUUUCAAUCAUUGUGUGCCUAUAUUCUACGGUAUUGUGUGUCAGGAUUUGGGAACGUGUAAAAGCUAUAUACCUGGUUUAUGGUUUAAUUCAGAUAAUGAAGUAGUUGGAAUGGUCCUCGUAAUCAAAACAAAUAUCAAGUUUUCAUUGAGCUAUGACACCAUUGGUCAAUUUUGGUCUGAUGCAAAUGGUUUCAUAGCAGAUCGAAUGGCUGAAGCACCUACGGGUCUGCGUCGGGGAUGGUUUAUAAGUGAGUAUGGCCUGCAGAUGUCGUUCUUUGAUCUGCAACAAGGUUUAGCUAGGGGAACACCACUCUCUGUGGGCAUGUCGCUCGUUUUCGCAGCUUGUGUCCUUUUGAUGACUAUCAGAAACGUUUUAGUGACCAUUUACGCGAUGUAUGCCAUUGCAUGUGCCGUGUUUGUUGUAAUCGCCUCGGUGGUUCUACUAGGAUGGGAACUCAACAUAUUUGAGUCAACUGUCCUCUCCCUAGCUGUUGGUUUAUCAGUGGAUUUCACAGUCCAUCUAGGUGUUGCUUACCGUCAAGCAACCGAACCUGACAGGACAUCUCGGUCAAUGCAUGCAUUACAGACACUUGGCUCAGCUGUUACACUCGCAGCACUUACCACCUUGGUUGCAGGUGGAUGCAUGUUGCCUGCCACGGUACUCAGUUAUGUUCAGUUGGGGACAUUUCUAAUGAUAGUCAUGGUUGUCAGCUGGGUAUACGGACUGUUCCUAUUUAUAUCACUUUGUAGGACCAUUGGCCCGCAAGGGAUGUUUGCACAAAUCUCAAAAUCAUGCUGUCGUCGGGAACAAAACUUGGCUGAAAAUAACCUAGAAAUGAAACCAGAGGAACAUGUACACGAACAGCAUGUCGACACGAGUGAUGAAAGAAUACAGCGUUGACAUAAAAUAAUCAUUGAUAUGAGGUGAAGAAGAAUAUCCUUCUAGUUGGUAAAAUUAUUUCCAAAGGUAUUUUGUAUUGUAUUUUAUUUAUUUAAUCACGGUUAAAAAGCCUGCUAUCAGCUAGAAACUGCUUUUCAGCAAGGCCGUGAACAACAAUUGAACACAACAAGUAAACGAAUACAAAAUUAUAUACAAAAUAAAUCAUACAAAUUAUCAUAACAACAUAAUAAGAUGAAAACAAACAAAAAUGAAUUAAAAAUUACUUGGAUAACAGAAACGAUGGAGGGGGUGUAUUACUUAAGAGAGGGAUAUAAGACGUGCGAAUGCUCCCAGGCUAUUUUCUAAUCGGAUGUUUGCCGGUAGGUUAUUGAAAAGUUUUGAGGCUGAAUAGAGAGGGCUCUUUUUGAGGUAAUUUGUAUGUGGUCGUGGCAGUUGGCAGGUCCGGGCCGAAGGCAGGUACUGGAAGCACACCAUUGGCAAACAUAAUAAAUACAGCUUUUCAGCUAGGAUUUUUUCCUCAAAGGUGGAAAUAUGCUUAAGUUACACCUGCCGCCUAAGUCUUAUCCGCCUAAAAUUGACGAGUUAAGACCAAUUAUUGCAUUAACUUCAUAUUUUGCAAAGAUCGCGGAGUCCUUCAUUGCAAAAUGGUUAUGGGAAGACAUUGCUAAGAAAAUAGAUAAAAACCAGUUUGGUAAUAGACGAAACUUGUCUACAUGUCAUUAUUUAAUUAGAUUACUACAUGCAUUAUAUAGAAACGCCGACAAACCUCACUCAAUAUCCACAAUGCUUUUGACUGAUUUUUCGAAAGAAUUUGAUCGAAUAAACCAUAAUAGAUUUCCGGGUCUGACCUUGCGAAAUUUCAUUAUUAAUCGUCAGCAAGCUGUGAAGUUUAAAGGACAUUUAUCCCAAUCUUAACACAAUUAAUGGUGUAGAUGUACCAGAAGAACUAACCUAUUAAUGUUAUUUUUUACCUAAGUAUUAUACGGAUUAAUUGACUGUGAGUGAGUGUAAAGUUAAAUUAUCCUCCGAAAACGCCACAGAGAUCGCGAUGUCAAAUUUAAAUUCUUAAAGGCGAGGAGUGAGCGCCUGCGCCAGACAGCUAUUCACAGAUUCCCUGUUAUCUGGAGACUCUCAGCUGAAAUUCGUGUAGAGGCAGUGCCAGGAAACUUGCCGCAUUUGUUAUGAGUAAUGAAAACUAAACUUUUAAGGGUAAUUUUAUGUUUCUGUUAUAAUAUACAUAUAAAUAUAUAUAUAUUUCUUCACCAUAAUUCAUGAAUUCUGGUACAGUUUAUUUGAGCUGGCUGAAAACGAUGUAUUUAGUGGGUGAAAUUGUAAUCUGUGUGCCCAUGCCUUGAGCCAUAAUGCAUGGCCG